AUGGAUAUUGAGUUUCAAAACUAUACGUAUUAUUAUACAGAAAAUAGAAUUAAAUUUGAAAAUAUUUAUUCAUUUGGUUGGAUGGUAAAAAACAAUUGCCUAGAUUUAUUGAAAUAUAAAUUAGAAACAAAACAAUUCAUACAAGUUACAAAAAGUGAAAUUAUAGAUUUUAUAAAGUCUGUUAAAAUCGUUGGUGGACAAUCAAAAAUUAAAAACAUUCAUUUAAUAGUUUUUAAAUUAUUAAUAAAUCAAUACCAAUUUCAAUUUGAAAAUGAUCAUGUUAUGUUUCUUGUUAGAUCCGAUAAUAACCAAUUAUUAGAAAUAUUAUUUUCAGAAUCAAUAAUAAAUUUUAAAAUUACAUCUUAUCAUAUUGAAUAUUCAAUAAAAUACUCUUCAACUUUAACAUUAAAUUUAUUAAUUAAUUAUAUAAAUAAUAAAGUUAUUGAUAAUAAUAAUAAUAAUGAUAAAAAUAAAAUAAUUACAAAUAAUAUAAAAAAAAAUUCAAUAAAAUGGUUAACAAAUAAUAGAGUGUAUAAUUUAAAUCAAUUAAUAAAUCAAUAUAAUAACAAUAAUAAUAAUAAUAAUAAUAAUAAUAAUAAUAAUAAUAAUAAUAAUAAUAAUAAUAGUAAUAAUGAUGAUGAUAAUAAUAAUAAUAAUAAUAAUAAUAAUUCAAAUAAAAAUGAAUAUGAAAAGAUUAAAGAAAUAAUUAAAUCAUUAGUUAAAAAACAAAAUUCAACAAGAUUAUAUAGUUUAUAUUAUUUUAAAUAUUAUGAACUCAUUGAAAAGGAUGAUAAUUUUAAAGGUUUAAAUAAUAAUGGAUUUUUAGGAUUAAAUACAAUUGGUAUAUUAAAUAAAAUUGAUAAUUUAAUAAUUGAUUUUAGAAAUAAUAAAAUUAAUAUUGAAGAUAUCAUUGAAUUUAUUAUUAAUUUCUUAAAUAGUAUAAAAUGGAAAAAUUGGAAAAAGAAUAUAGUUUUAUUAAAUAAAAUUAGAAAUUCAAUAUUCGAAAUAACCAAUAAUAAAGAAGUAUAUGAAAAAUCAAUUAAAAAAUUAAAAGAAUCAUUAGAUAUAAAAUUAUAUAAUAAAUUUGGAUUUCCAUCUGAAUGGAAUCCAAUUUUAAAUAGUCUAACAAUUGAACCAAUGAAAAGUAAUCAAUUGCUUAUUAUAAAUGAUAAAAGUACAAUUGAUUGGUUGAAUCAUUCAAAAUAUUCUAAAAAUGGAAUUGUGACAUCUAUUUUAAAAGAAUUUAGAAAUAAAAUAAAAAAGAAUUUAAUAUCAUUUGAAAAUAAGGAUUUAGAAAAUUAUUUUUACUCUACUACCAAUAAUAAUAAUCAUAAUAAUAAUAAUAAUAAUAAUAAUAAUAAUAAUAAUAAUAAUAAUAAUAAUAAUAAUAAUAAUAAUAAUAAUAAUAAUAAUAAUAAUAAUAAUAAUAAUAAUAAUAAUAAUAAUAAUAAUAAUAAUAAUAAUAAUAAUAAUAAUAAUAAUGAUAAUAAUAAUAAUAACUAUAUUUUUAAUUAUAAUAAAAAUAAUAAUAAUAAUAAUUCCAUUCCAAUCUUUUCUACUUUAAGUCUGAAAUUAAAUGAUUCAGAAAAUAUUAAAAAAUUAAUUGAUAUAUCUAAUCCAAAUGUAUCAUUAGAUAUUAAAAAUUCUUUGAAAAUAAUUUUUGAAUCAAUAAGAGAAUUUAAUUUAAUUAAAAUUCAAUCAAUCAUUUGUAAUGAAAAUAUUAAUAUUUUUUCACAUCCAUUUUCAGAAGAAUUUAGUAAAACUUGGAAUUUAUUUAAUAAUAAUCAAUUAGAAAAUUUGAUAUUAAAUGAAAAUAAUAAAUUGGAAACUAUUAAAAAUUAUUUAAUUUUUUGGUUAACUCUAAACCCAAUUAAAGAUGAAAUAAACAAUAACAACAACAACAACAAUCAACCAUCACCACCUCAAAUUUAUCAAAAUAUAAUUAAUUUUUUAUUUAAACUAUUAAUUAAAACUAAAGGUAUAACAAUAACAGAAUUAAUUGAAAUUAAAAAUCAAAUUAAAAAUAAUUUAAUUUCAAUAGAACAUUCAGUAUAUCACUCUGCAUUCUAUUUACAUAUUAAAUCACCAAAACUUUAUGUAUUAAUAAUGAAGAAUUCUUCACUUUCAAUUAAUAAAAUUAUUGAUUUUAAUACAUUUACAUUUGAAUUUAUUUUUGAAAUGAAUAAAUCAUUUGAUAGCAUUUUAGAAACAUUAAUAAAUUGUUCGAAAAUUAAUAAAUAUACAUUAUAUUUUCUAAUUAAUAUUAAUGAAAUUGAAAAAUUCAAAAAGUAUUUCCCAAUUUUUUUAAUUGAAAAUCCAUCUUCAAAAAUUGAAAUUCUCCCAAUCGGUGUGACAUUAUUAAAAAAGUUAAUAAACAAUACAACAAAUAAAGAAUAUAUUAAAUUAUCAAUUAAAGAUUUUAUUGACAAAGUUACAAUUGCAUAUAAAGUUGGUAAAAGAGUAUGUGAAUAUCUUUUUGGUUAUUCAAUAUUGACCAAUAGGAAAGAACUAAUUUCCUAUAUCAUUAAUCAAUAUGAUAUAAAUAAAAUUCCAGAUGGUUUUAGCUAUUGGAAUAAUUAUCCAAUGAUUGAAUAUAUAUUUAUAAAUCAUCCAAAUGUUGAUAUAUCACCACCUUUUCAAUACCACUAUUAUAAAUUACCUUUUCUUUCCAAAUCAAUACCAAUAUUUGAUAUACUUUUAAAGUAUAAACCAAGUUUAUUCAAUAUUACAAAUGAUAAUUUAAAAUUUGCAAAUUCAUAUAAUGAUACUUUUAUUUUAAAUUAUUAUUUUAAAAAAGGUUAUUUAGAUAAAGAUAAAAAUGAAAUGUAUAAAAUUAAAUUAAAUAAAUAA